CAGAUUUUCGCUGGUUCCUGGCUGUAGUUACUGAGACCGUGCAGUGAUGUUGGAGGGCUGUAGAGUGUUUGUUUUUAUCUGCUUAAACUGAACAGUUAAAGUUAAAGUUACCGCUCUCUCAGCAGGACCGCGGCACUCUGCUGUGUUAGCUGAGAGGUUGGUUAGCUGACAGACUGAGGGGUUAGUUAAAAUUAGCUGUGUCAGGGAGUUUAGCUGGUUAGCCGGUCAGCUGGCUGUGUUUAGUAACGCGGUAAAUUUGAAGCCGCUCUGUUGGGGAGCUGCUCUGGGUCACAGUGGAGGAGAAGAGUUUAUAGCUACAGUGAUUAUUAUAGACCUGCUGGAGCUUUCAGACUUUAACAUGGCUUCACCGCUACUGUCAGUCUGAUAGUAACGUUACAUUACCCCUCCAUGUUAUUAUUAUUAUCUGUGUUAGCUAAGCUAGCUAAGCUAGGUUAGUUUAGUGAAGAUGCUUCGCAGGGCCAGAGCGGCGAAAGUGUAUAAGGAGGAAACUUCUACAGACGAGGACUCAGAUGAACCGUCUGUACGUCCAGUGGACAUAGACGAACCAGAGGAAUGGGUCCCAGAAGUGAAAGACAAAUCCAAAGGAACCAGAGGCAGAAAGACGAAAGAUGAAACAGCCGAGAAGAAACCAACUGUCAGACGAACAGCGAAACCUAAAGAACCCAAACCCAAAGAACCCAAAGAGACCAAACCUAAAGCCGCGAGGAAGCCUAGAGCUCCAAAGGCCCCUAAAGUAAAGGAAGAUGUUAAUAAAGAGAAGGAAGAACACAAAAGUGAUGGAAAGGUAGAGCAGAUGGAAUCACUACAAGAAGUUAGAGUAAAGGAGGAGAGGCUAUCGUUUAGCAUGGACAAGGCGUUCAGUAACAUCAGUACCACCGCAGGAGAUAUGCCUGGUGAGGGGCCGUCCUCCAGUAAACAGCUAUCUAAAGUAAAAAAGGAGGAGCCAGAGGAUGACUUUAACUUUGAUGAACCAGUGCAGAAAAAGCAGAAGACCAUGAGUGCACCUCAGGGGAGACCAGUCAAACUGAAGGCUGGGAAUUCCUUAAGGGAUGACCUGCAGAUGAAUUGGGAUCCCAUUCAGGUCUUAGCUGAGAAGACUGGAGUGGAUCAGUGGGUUUGUAGAAACAUCUCUCAGCUUCUUCAGGAAGAGAACACCAUUCCAUUCAUGGUGCGCUACAGAAAAGAGCUGAUUAAUCACAUGGAUGCGGACGCUGUGAGGGAUGUGCAGCUCGCUCUAGAGGAGCUUUGCACUGUGGCAAAGAAGAGUCAGUCCAUCACUCAAACUCUAAAGAAGGAGGGGGUUCUGACCUCUGAGCUGGAGCGGGAUCUGAAGAACUGCAGGAGUGCUGAUGAGCUGGAUCAUGUGUACGCUCCCUAUAAGAAAGGCUCUAAGCUGUCGAAAGCGAGGCGAGCGAAGGAGCUGGGCCUAGAAUCUGCAGCUUUAGCUCUGCUGCAGUCACCACAGACUCUGCAGCUGCACUCCUGGAUCAAACCUGACACUAAAGGGUUGUCCACACUCGAGGAGGUGGCCACUGGUGUAGAGCAGAUCCUGGCUGAUAUGAUGGCGAAAGAUGGCGAGACACUGACCUACGUCCGAUCAGUAUGUGACAGAAGUGAUGUAACAAUCCAGUCAACAGUGUCUAAAACUGCGCUGAAAGAACAGCAGCCGAAGCCGGCCGACCAGAAGAGCAAGCCUAAAGACAUCUCCAAGUUCAGCCUGUACUGUGAUUUCAAAUGCAGUGUGAAGCGAAUCCAACAUCACCAGACGCUGGCCAUUAACCGAGGGGAGAAUCUGAAGAUUCUGUCAGUGAAAGUUACCAUCCCCGACUGGGUGAAGACUGACUUCUGUAGGUGGUGCGUCAACGUCAGGUGGAGACCGCAGGGCUUUGCUCGGCCUGAGCUGAUGAAGAUUUUAAAUUCGGCUGUGGAGGAUUCCUACAAGCGUCUCAUAACACCCCUGCUCUGCCGAGGCUACAGGACUAAGCUGACCACUAAUGCGGAGAAGGAGUCUGUGGCUAUGUUUGUGCGUAACCUGCGGCAGCGUCUGCUGAUGUGUCCGAUUCGUGGGCGUGUCCUCAUGGGGGUGGAUCCAGGAUAUCGACAUGGCUGCAAACUGGCCGUCCUGUCCCCUACCAGUCAGAUCCUGCACACUGAUGUGGUGUACCUGCACGGUCAGGGCAGAAACAGAGAGGCUGACAAACUGCGCCACCUGAUGCUGAAACACAGCUGCCACACAGUGGUCAUUGGGAACGGUACUGCAUGCAGGGAAACGGAGGCCUUCUUUGCUGACCUCAUCAAAAGUGGCUUCUUCAAGCCUUUGGACGUGUCCUACUGCAUCACCAAUGAAGCAGGAGCAUCCAUCUACAGUGUCAGUCCAGAGGCAGUGAAGGAGAUGCCAGACAUGGACCCAAACCUGAGGAGUGCAGUUUCGAUCGGAAGGCGUGUUCAGGACCCCCUGGCUGAGCUGGUGAAGAUUGACCCUAAACACAUCGGCAUUGGCACCUACCAGCACGACGUGUCGCAGAGUCUGCUGAGGGCGGCGCUGGACGGCGUGGUGCAGGAGUGUGUGAGCUUCGUGGGAGUGGACAUCAACAUCUGCUCGGAGACGCUGAUGAGGCAUGUUGCAGGUCUGAAUGCAGGCAGAGCGAAAAGCAUAGCGGAGUGGAGAGAGACGAACGGGCCCUUUCUGAACCGAGAGCAGCUGAAGCUGGUGAAAGGCCUCGGCCCAAAGAGCUUCCAACAGUGCGCCGGCUUUGUCCGCAUCAAUCCAGAGACUGUGAACAGUUAUGGCUCAGGUGGAAAUCCAGACUCUGCAGCUGCUGAGAAGCCGACAGCAAAGAAGAGCAGAACUAAAACCACAGGCAGCAUCUGCAACCAGCCAAACCCUCUGGACCAGACCUGCAUCCAUCCUGAGUCCUACAGCAUCGCCAUGAGGUUCUUGUCUCAGAUUGGUGGUGGUUUGAAUCAGCUGGGUAGUCCUGAGCUCAGGCAGCAGGUUGAGAGCAGUGUGAAGAGCAGUGGUCUGGAGGCUUUGGCCCAGUCUCUCAACACCAGCCCCGAGACCCUUCAGCUUAUCGUGGAUGGCCUCACCCAGCCGCCUGGUUUUGACAUCCGUCAGGACUUUGAGCAAGCUGAUUUUAAGCGAGGAAUCGUCUCAAUGAGUGAUCUGCACCAGGGCAUGCUGCUGACCGGGCGAGUGGAGAACACGGCUUUAUUCGGGGCCUUUGUGGAUAUUGGAGUGGGCCGCUCUGGCCUCAUCCCAAAGCGCUUCAUCACCCCAGAUAAACUGCCUGCUGACCAGAGGCGCCGCAGUCUGGCUCUAGGACCUGGGGAACGAGUAGAAGUCCGCGUUCUAGACGUGGAUCUUCAGCGGAACCGAAUCAGCUUGGAUCUCGUCAGAGUCCUCAGAUAGGACUUGUGGAUCAAGCUCAGAAAAUAACAGACUAAAUUGACAUUCCGAUCUCAAUAGACUCAAGCUUAAGGGAUAAAGAGUGUGAUCAGAAUAAGUGUAGAUCAAGAUUUCUACCAAUAAAGGAUUGAAGAACCAUAUAUCUAACAUUUUUUACUUUUGGGAGAAUCAGUGAGUUAUAGUGCAUUAUUUAGACUUUAGUUUUUUAUUUCCUCAUUUAUAAAGACACUUUCAAAGUCUGCAGGUUUGGGCAUUUUAGAGAUCUCUUCACUGACAAUUUGUGAAAAUGGUACGUUUAAAACUUGCAAUGUGGUGCGAUCUCCUUUCAAAUCUGUUGAUUUUAGCAAAGAUUUUGUGCCAGCUCUCUUCAGUUCUAAUUAUGUGCCUUUGGUUUAAAAAUGCAUGGAUAUAAAGAGUAAGGUGUUUGCCAUUCUAAUAUCUCAGUGUUCAGUUAAAUGGUUGCCCAUUUAACCAGGAAAAGCUAUUGUGACCAAAAAAACUUUAAAGAAAGACCUACCAAACACCCUGUUUUUAUAAUGAACAUACAGUUUUGGAAAAAAUUAAGACCUUCAGUUUGAGUAAAAUGAACAUUGUUGUUUUAUUCUAUAAACUAUGGACAACAUUUCUCCAAAAUUCCAAAUACAAAUAUUGUCUUUUAAAGCAUAUAUUUGCAGAAAAUGAGAACUGAUUUUAAUCACAGUUCACAGUUCACUUGGCAUGUUCUCCUCCACCAGUCUUACACACUGCUUUUGGAUAACUUUUUUUUGGUUUGAUGGCUUGUGAUCAUCCAUCUUCCUCUUGAUUAUAUUCCAGAGGUUUUCAAUUUGGUAAAAUCAAAGAAACUCCUCAUUUUUAGGUGGUCUCUUAUUUUUUUUCCAGUGUUGUAUUUGGCCUUGCAGGAAUGGUAGCAGAAGGACCGACAUGCCAUUUAUUAGACAAUUAUUAAGACCUUAAUUACUUAAGGACUGCUGCUUUAAAAUAAAUAACUUACAGUAGUAAUAGUAAUAAAAUAAUUCUUACAAAAAAAAUGUUGAUUAUGCUUGUUCCUUAGAAAAACUCAGUUGUAGAAGAUGCACCACAUCCAAAAAUGCGUUUCAAAGCACAAGAUAAUACAUAUUUUACUUGAAUUUGCAAGUUGUCUUCAGUUCAUUCUGUUUGGUUAUUGUUAUUGUUAUGUUUAUUAAACAGUACUUCUGGGUCUGUUUUACAUAAUAUGCAUUUACCACAUUUGGUAAAUAGUAAUGCAUAAAACUUUUUUUUUUAAACUACUGUAUAUUUCUUACAUGUUUGUAGGCAGGCAAUGCACUCAUAUAAGUAUGUACCAUACUUUAUGUGCCAAGAUUCAGAAAGUUUUCUUUGUUUUAUGUUGUUUGAAUGUCACUGAACAUUGAAGAAACUGGUUAGUAAAUGUCAUUUGUUAAUAUUGACAGGGAAUCUUUAUUUAUUGAUUUAUUUUUCAGAUGGCAGAUCCCAUAGCAGUUGAACAAAUGUCAUUGGGAUUGAUGUAGAAGUCUUUAAAAAUAACUAAUAAUU